AUGUACCACGAACGUCAACGAUGGGCCUUUUGUGGCGUCCACGCCGUCAACAAUCUACUCCAAAAACAGGCGUAUGACAAGGACACGUUCGAUGCGGUGUGUGACGACUUGGCACCUUCCUCCAUAAUGAAUCCUCAUCGAUCCAUGUGGGGCAUUGGGAACUACGAUGCCAACGUGCUCAUGGUAAUUCUCGAACAAAAACAGGGACUUGACGUACAAUGGCACGAUGCGCGACAGGAAAUGACACUGGCUGUAUUGCAAGAGUAUUUUAGUAGCAAUACUACCACUACAACUACUAGUGAGCCUUCAGCAGUGGCUGGAAUUGUGGUCAAUCUACCAUCGACCAGUCUUUGGGCGCGAUACGUGACCAAAGGACGACACUGGUUCACGUUGCUGUGGCAACCACAACAGGCGCAAUGGAUCAAUUUGGAUUCCAAUCUCAAGGAACCAAAGGUGAUUGGGGAUAUGCAAGCAUGUGUUGACUUGUUGCAAGAGUGGAGGCAACAGUCUUGUCAUAUAUUGCUCGUCAAAACAAAUAAUAUUCCAAAUGAAACACGAUAA